CCGGAAGUGUUUUGAAAUCUGUCCCUGGUAGCGUCAUAGCACAGGUGGCUAACACAAGUACCCGUUUGUUCCAGAAAAAAAAAACAAACCUUAAGUCCCUCUGCGGGGGGACACCUGUCAGCAUGGCUGUGUUGUGGUGUCAACUGUGACAACUAACGCCAAGAUGAUGAACGACAUCUUAGAGGAACCCGAGAAGGAUACCCUACUGGAAACACAACCGGAGCCACAAGUUUCGACGGGACCCAGUAUUGGCACAAGGCCCAAGACUGGAGAUGGAGGCAUCAGGCCUGUGGAGAAAAGAGGGCCUUACAUAAUGUCUAGAGCUCCAGCCAUCCACCUCAAACUACAGAAGCACAGGGAGAUGGCAAGGAAAGCACUAAAGAAGAAAGCGCUCUCACCAGGACCUCCGGUGAUGCACCAACCCAGACAGGGGGCUAAGAGGACGGUGAAAUAUAAUAAGGGCUAUGCUGCUUUGAGUCAGCAUGCUGAGGAAACUUUGGUAGCACUGGACUCAGACAGUGAUGAAGAGAUAGAUUUUGAGCAGUAUUCCUCAGGAUACUCUUCAGCCGAGGUCCAUCCUGAUUUAAGUAAGCAGCUGCUUCAGGACGGUUACCGUCUAGAUGAGAUCCCUGAUGACGAAGACUUGGACCUGAUUCCACCCAAAGCCAUGGGUUCGUCUGUGUGCUGCUGCUCCGAGGGACCAUCCUGCUCCAUGCAAUGAUGCUGGUGCUCAGACUCAGUCUUGACCAAAAGCCUGGCUGUGGUUCCAGGCCCUGACUUUAGUCCCUGGUCUCAGAGGCUGCUUUGCUAACACAGCUCCACUGCUGAGUUGCCUGAGGACUUCCAGCUCUGAGCCAACUCCCUGUCUAUACAAGACUUUGUGCACUGAAAUUGCACAAACCCACAUAAAAGCACGGAUGGACAUAAGAGCAAGCCUUAUCCACUGUGAGCCCAAAGCUUGACCUAUUUUUUUAUUUUUCUUUGGUCUUUUUAUAGAACUACACAACAUGAUAACUAUGCCUUCACUCCAAACAGAGCGGCAGAGUAAUUCAUUCAAAACAUUUGGUAUGUCCUUGUUGACCCACUGGAGAGCUGAUCACUGUCAUACCCUCCUGGUGAACAGAUCUGCAGUGUAGGAGGUAAAGGGACAAGCACUACAUGAAUACAUGUAUGGUGGUUGAUAUGUUAAUGUUAAAGUCAUUUGGUAAAUUUAAAUUAUCCAUGUGUUGACAAACUGCUAAAAGAAGUAAUAGUGCUUGGCUUUGACAAUUGACAUUCCUUGACUAUUGUUGCAUUAACUUGCGGUGCUUUUACUGUGUCUGUCCUUUUAGUUUAUGCUUUAUUCCAAAAUGAAAUACUCACACCUUGGGGAAAAAAUGAUACACAUUCCCACAAAAAUCCAAGGUUUUUUGCUUUAAUUUAAGCCCAUGCACUUAACUGAAAGGGUGUAUGUAGUGUUUCAAGUGAAACCACUUAGUAUUUUCAUGGUGUAUGUGUAAUUAUACAUAUUUUUUAAUUUGUGCAAGUGUGGCUAUGUCAAAAACCUGAGGUGAAGAAAAAGACUGGGGCACAGGAUGAUCAUUAAGUUUUUCAUAUUUGUUCACACGUAUCUGAUGGACAAUCAUUUAUUAUAUUUUACAAUAUGUCAGUGAAAAAAUGGUAGAAUUUAUUCAUUCUCUAACUCGCAUGAAUAUUUUGUGAUGAUGGAGGAAAAACAUGGAAGGUGAGAUAAUUACUGAUGAAAAAUGAACACAGAUAUGAGUUACUGAGUCAUUCAUAGAAAUGGUGAUUUAAAGUAUUUUUGAGUUUUGAUUAUUCAGAAAACAUUUACAUUUAAACUGGAAGUAUAGAGCUUAUUUAUUGUAUUUAUUUUUUCAUUUACUAUUUGGACACUUAAUAGUUACUACAGGUCAAACACUAAAAUAGAUUUACCUGCCCAUGUUACUUGUUAGGCUUUUGAAAUGUAAAACCAUAUUUACAUACUUCACUUUAUACUCUGUGAUAGUGUUUACGUUACUUUCUGUCCACCCAUCAGAUAGACAGAUUACCUAUAAGAAAAACUCUAUGUUUUCUUUUUCACUUUGCAUAAAUUUUGUUAACUAUUGUUUUGGACAUAUUUUCUGACUUGAUAUUUUUUUAAUCACAUUGACAGAAACUGUUCAGUAUAAGAGGAAGUGACACUACUCACUUUCUCAGGAUGAUUUUGGGGUGGUACAGAAGUGGCAGUGCAGGAGAAAGAUGCCUUUCACAUGUAACAAAGAAGUGCAAUGUUUGUAAAAUGCCCCACUGUGGAAGUGCGUAAGGAUUGUAAGAUCAGGUACCUGUGUGUGACUGCUGUUGAGCAUUAAGUGGACCACUGCAAAAACUACCAUUAAAAACAGGGAUUGUGAUUUGUCGGGGUCAGUUUACUGUCAGUAUUCAAAUCACAUUCAAAAUUCAAUGGAUUUUGAUUUAAAAAAUCUUAGCAAUGAAAAUAUUAAAAGAUUGAAAUCCUCCAUUGGUGUUAGAUUUUACCAUCCCUCAUUGUAAAGGGGGUGGGGUUUGGAAUAAAAGCAGAUUUUACCAUUUAACAAAGUGUGAGUCAUCUGAUACAAAUGUGGGGUAAAUGCUGCACAUUGCCUGAAUUUCAAAUAUGUUGACCCCAGUCCUGGCUCUACACAAUGGUUUUAUGUAAAUAUUGCACAUCACACCAGUGAUCAGUAGCAAGUACACUUAACUCACCUGUACUAUGCAACUAUUGGGACAAUCUGCUUGUUAUACAACAUUGUGAAAAUGUAGUGUUACUGAGUGCUAAAUGCAAUAACUCAAGUUGUUAUUUUGAGGUGGUUAUCACUAAUGUUUAUUUUUAUUUUAAUGUUCUAUUGUUUACCAAUUAUUAAAUAAAAUUCAGAUACCUAG